AUGGUGAGGGCAUUGCAAGCUCAACAGGUUUCUGAGGAGCAGUGGGUUGAAUUUGGAACUUAUCAGUUACAAGGCGAGGCUCAGUACUGGUGGCAGGGAACACGGCAAAUCCUGCAUCCAGAUGGUGUCGUGAUUUCUUGGGAAGUGUUCCAAACCAAGUUCUAUAAAAAGUAUUUUUCCAAUUCAGUCAGAAACACCAAGAAACUUGAGUUGAUGCAACUGAAGCAAGGUCAGAUGACUAUUACUGAGUAUACCAACAAGUUCGAAGAGCUAUGCCAAUUUUCUCGCAUUUGUCAAGGCGCUCCAAAGGAUUUUGCUGAGUGGAAGUCCAUCAAGUAUGAGGGAGGUCUUUGGAGUAAAAUUCUGAGCUCCGUUGCACCAAUGGAGAUCAGAGUGUUCUCUAAACUUGUAAAUAAGAGUAGGGUGGCUAAGAAAUGUGUGAGGAAGGCAGUAGCAGAAAUGGGAGCUUGA